UAAUUUUGUUCUAGAAUAUAUCUACAAGGUUUGUGUAUAGCCGAAUCUGUUCACCAUGUUGAAGUUUGUAAUGUUAGGAAUUAUUUUGCUUGCUUGCCAUCACACAUCUUUAGCGGAAGUUCUUACUCAGCCUGAACAAAUACACAUUUCAUAUGGAGUAGCUCCAACAGAGAUGGUUGUGACGUGGGUAACAAUGGACCCAACAAGUAGCUCUAUUGUUGAGUAUGGAGAACACAACUUGAAUAAAUCCGCCAAAGGGUCUAGUACAAAAUUUGUUGAUGGCGGCUCUGAGAAAAGGGUUUUCUACAUUCAUCGCGUGGUUAUCAAGAAUUUGUCACCUGGUACCUUAUAUAGAUAUCAUUGUGGUAGUAAUGAAGGAUGGAGCUCUCUAUAUUUCUUCAGUACCAUGAGGAAAGGGAACAAAUGGAGUCCUCGUUUCGCAGUGUUUGGAGACCUGGGUAACGUGAAUGCCCAGUCCUUACCUCGUCUACAAGAAGAAACGCAACGUGGAAUGUAUGAUGUUAUUUUACAUGUCGGUGACUUCGCCUACGAUAUGGACACCGAUAACGCACGAGUAGGAGAUGAGUUUAUGAAACAACUGGAGCCAAUUGCGGCUUAUGUACCAUAUAUGACCUGUGUCGGGAACCAUGAGCAGGCCUACAACUUCUCCAACUAUGUCAAUAGAUUUUCUAUGGUUGAAAAAACUGGGAAGAUCAACAACAAUUUUUUCAGUACAUCUGAAGCCAGUAAACCAGAGAACCGUGCACAAAGGCCUUGGAUAAUCACGAUGGGACACCGUCCAAUGUAUUGCAGUUCAGACGACGGUGAUGACUGUACUCACAAGGAAAGCAUUAUCCGUAAAGGAAUUCCAGUUAUUCAUGCAUUUGGACUUGAAGACCUUUUCUAUAAGUACGGCGUAGACAUAGAGAUUUGGGCCCAUGAACAUGUUUAUGAAAGACUUUGGCCAGUUUAUGACAGAAAGGUUUACAACGGAAGCUUUGCAGAGCCUUACACCAACCCCAAGGCACCUGUUCAUAUCAUCACUGGAUCAGCUGGUUGUCAAGAACGCCAUGACCCAUUUGUGGCUAAUCCACCCCCUUGGAGUGCUUUUAGAAAUGCAGACUACGGUUAUACUCGUAUGCAAGUCAUCAACAAUACCCAUUUGUCCCUAGAACAAGUGUCAGAUGAUAAGGGUGGUGAAGUCAUUGACAAGAUAAUGGUGAUCAAAGAAAAGCAUGGUCCUGAGAGCUGGAUGUAAAUCCAAAGUAUAUACUGGGUUAAUAAUUUUUCUUUGACGUGAUAAAAAUAUUCAAGUUCAAAUGUCAAACUCUCUAAAAAUGGAUUUUUAUUCAUUCUAGUACAUAUGGUACAGACAAUUUUGCAUCAAAAAUCAACAUAAAACUUAAAUAGUAAAUUCUCAUUUAUCACAUAUCAGGCUGAAAUUAACAAGUAAAAAUGAAAUUAUUUCUACCAAUAUUUAAUUAACAUGUUAUUUGUUAGUAAACAUUGAAAUGAAUUACAGGUUCUUAAGGCCACCUUUUUCAUGAUUAAAAACCUUGCAAACACAAAUCAUGACCCUUUUUAAUUGCAUGAUUUGUUAAACCACUACAAUUAGUUUUCCAUUAUAGUGAGCCUGUUAGUGCUUAAACUGUCUUAGAUGUAUGUUAU